GCUAGAUGCCGCUUUGCCUCAGCUUUCAAACACCUUGUUAAGAGGACGAGUGACGUGCGCUGAGGAAAAACAGCUGUUUUUUUUACGUUGCCAGUAGCUUUCGUGUAAUCGACGGUGGAUCCUUGAUUCUUUCAAAGAUGGUCCGACCACUUUUUGGACCACCACGUGAAAGGUCCAGACCAUAUGGAGAUGCCCCCUCACGAAGUGAUGGAUCUUACAUCCCUGGUUCCAAAAGUCGAAGAGAUGCCCAGGGUUACCCAGAAAAGGCUCCUAUUAAUUGGAGAGAUUCCAGAGGCAGGGGACGACCCCCAGUUGUCAGAAGGGUUCCACUUAUGGGAGAACAAAGGGAGCAACGUUUCAGUAGCUGGAGGACUCCAAAUCAGGAUUCCUUUCAGUCGUACCCCCCUAAAAUGGAACCACAUCAUAGUCAGAGGAGAACGUCUCAGUCUAGACCAGAGUCCUCCCUCCACAUUCAGCAUCAUUCACCAUCUACUCGUUUUCAUGCGCAAGGAUUCCAGAGUCAGAGAGGCUUGAACUUCCAUGGACACCCCUCAGGUCAAAGGUCACCCCUCCCAAGACAUCUUCCUAAUCACAUACCUGACAGAAGACUGGGGUCGGCACCACCUUAUCAGGGGUCCUUUAGAGGCCCAAGAAGGCAGUCAGGCUUUUCUCAUCAGGACCAGCGGAAUCGAGACGUGCGUGGGAAUUACAGUCCAAGAGAAAAGCCCUAUGACCAUGCAGGUCCUGGAAUGAAGCGCUGGAAUGAGACCGGAGCAUUCUCUCAUUCACACAAUGGAGAACAUGGCCCCUCUGGGUCACAGAGGAACCCCAGAGAGAUGCAUGGGAGAGGCUCAUGUCCAGAGAGGUGGGCAUCUAAUCAAGAAUCCAGGCGGCAACGUGGUCCAGUGGAAAGACAGAACAGCAGAUCCCAAAGUAGAGAGAGGGCACAAGAUGUCCCUCACGCACCCCCUUUAAGAUCUCCCUCGUGGAAAGAAGGUCCAUCAUCAUCAUCAUCUUACCGCGGAAGCCCUCAGGAGAGGCCAGUGGCAGGACUCCGCAAGAGGAGGAUGUCUGAUACCAGCAUCGCCUCCUCUGAUUCCACACCAGAACAUGACAACCCAAAACAUGCCAGGAAAGAGAGGCCUCAGCUGCUCAGCAACCCCAGAUCAUCUGGUGGCAAACCUUUGUCGCUGAGGGAUAAAAGUCACCUGCUUAAGACCAGACAAAUCAGAGCAGAGUCUCUUAUGAGGCUCAAAAUAAUUCCACCUGUGAAACCCAGGCCUCACUUGGGCGACGCAGCCUCACAGGGAAAUGAGAGUUCUGUUCUUGCUAUCAGGAAGAAGCGUUUCCAGUCAGAUGCAGUUCCCCUGAAAACACUGGAAACUAGGAGAACAAGACCACAAGAGUCGCCCCUCAGAGAUGAAGGCAGUGUCAGCAAAUCUUCAAGAACCUCUGAUACAGGCAAAGAGCAGGUGGAGUCUCGUCGGUCCUUGAACACACACAGAUCUUCUCCCAUAGAGAAACGUGACCUUGUUGUUUUGUCCCACUGGGAGCCAAGCUCCUCCACCAAGGAUGGCUCUCCUUCAAAUGAUCGCAGCCCAAAGUCAAAAACUGAUCGUCAUUCAGAUACAGAUGACUCACCAGCCAGUCGACACUCGAAGACGAGUGAUUCCAGAUCAUCGCCUGAAGACCGAAAAAGAGGAUAUUUCGAUAAGAGAAAUUUUAGGCCAUAUAAUAUAAUGGAGGACAGUCACAGAUUUGGGCGGCCCUUCAGGAGACCAGGACCAGGUCUCAUUCAGAGACAAAGGUUCCAAGGAUAUGGUCCAAGGAGGAUUAUCCCUGAACUGUCUGGAAACUUCAGAAGACCACUAAUGGAGAGCUUAGUGCCGCGUCCAGUCCCAAGUCAGAGGCCAGUGUUCAGAAAAAGUCAAAGCAUCAUGUCCAAAUACCGGAACCUGAGAGUGAUGCGUCAUCGUGCACCUCCCAGCCGAGGUCCCAACCAACAGCGCUGGUAGGCUUUGGUCCCACAUUUGGCCGAGCUGACACUGGAAACAUGAGCAUCUUUGUUUUGUUGGUUAGAUGCCACAAACAUGUUUUACACCCAACCUGCCUGUAUAUUUAUGUAUCCAUGCUUUGUUCUGGUACACAUGGAUAUUUGGAGUACUGCAGUACUUUGUUUUAAAUUUUGUAACAUAUCCUAUCCAGUGUAUGACUUUGGAGUUGCUGCUAGUGUUUGUUUUACUUAAAUAGUUUAGUUUUUUGUUUGCUAACCAGAAACAUUUGCAGGCUGAGUGAAAGUGUAGAGAUGUUUCGCAUGUUGUUUUGUACAGAUUUAUGCUGUUUUGGAAGACAUGGCGACUGACACUACUGCUUGUAAAAAAAGAAAAGGAAUUCUGUUUGAAAGUUGAAAUAAAUUGGACUUA